AUGAAGUGUCCCAGUCCGAGCCUGAGUGACCACACCGGUGAGAGGUGCGGCUGCGGCGGCGGCUCCAGGGGCAGCCGAGGGGGCAGCGGCAACGGGGGCCGCCAAGGGGACCGUCGUGACAGGGGCCACCGUGGGGGCUGCGGCGACUGGGCCAGCCGGGGGGGCCACGGCGGCGGGGACCGCCGAGGGGGCCAUGGCGAUGGGGGCCGCAGCGACGGGGGCGGCCGGGGGGCCACCGAGGGGGGCCAGGCGACGGGGUCGGCCGGGGAGGCCGCGGCGACGGGGGCCACCGAGGGGGCCGCGGCGACGGGGACGGCCGGGGAGGCCGUGGCGACGGGGGCCACCGAGGGGCCGCGGCGACUGUGGCCGCAGCGACAGGGGCCGCGGUGA